UAAAAUAUUGUUGACAAUUGACAUUUACUUUGUUUUUAGUUUCGUUUUCUCUCGGUUUGCAUUGGUGCCUACAUAAUUUUAAAUGAAUGAUGACAUUGUAUUUGCAUUAAUUUGAAAUUAAAAUGCAGUGUUUGUGAAUGUAAGGCAAGAAAGAAAUAUGUUCAUUGUUGGACUGACUGGUGGCCUCGCAACAGGCAAGAGCACAGUGCUCUCCAUAUUUAAAGAACACGGAAUUGCCGUAAUAGAUGCCGAUGAAGUUGCUCGAAAAGUUUUAGAACCUGGCACAAAAGCUUGGCUUGAGGUUAAGCAGUAUUUUGGACAUGGAGUUCUGUUCCCUGAUGGAAGAGUUAACAGAUUAAAACUUGGCGAAAUUGUUUUUGAUGAUAUAGAAAAACGACGUAAACUUAAUGCUAUCACACAUCCAAGGAUACAAAGCGCAAUGAUAAGAAUUGCAUUUUCAUUCUUUUUCACUGGUCAUACUUAUAUUGUGAUGGAAGUACCUCUCCUUUUUGAAACAGGAAAAUUAUUGACAUUCAUGCAUAAAAUUAUUACUGUUGUUUGUGAGGAUCACCAGCAGCUUGAACGUUUAUACAAAAGGAAUGACUUCUCUGAAAUAGUAGCCAGAAAGAGAAUUAAUAGUCAAAUGCCACUUCAUGAAAAGGUUGCCAAAUCACACUUUGUUAUUGAUAAUUCUGGUGAUCUUACAAACACCAGGAAUCAGACAGAGAGUAUUAUUAAAGUCUUAAGAAAAUCAAAGUUUACUUGGUACUUCAGAGCAAUAUUUAUGAUAACAAUACUGUCAGCAGUUUUUGCUGUUACACAUAUUACAAGCAAUUAUCUUGAAAAUUUAUAAUAAAUCUAUUGAUUACCA